AUGCAUUGUGCCAUCCAAAAGGCAGAAGCACUGGACGGGGCUCACUUGAUGCAGGUCCUCUGGCAUGACGGUGCAGAGUCGCUCUACCCGGCCAUAUGGCUGAGAGACAACUGCCCGUGCUCUGAUUGCUACCUGGAUUCUGCAAAAGCACGAAAACUUCUCAUCGAAGCUCUUGAUGUGAACAUUUGUAUGGAAGACUUGACCUUUGACAGAAAAAAGGUAUAUAUCACAUGGCCGGAUGAGCAUUACAGUGAAUUUGAAGCUGAUUGGCUGAAGAAAAGGUGCUUUUCCCAGCAGGCGAGAGCAAAGCUCCAAAGAGAAUUGUUUUUGCCAGAAUGUCAGUACUGGGGUUCAGAGCUCCAGCUACCUACUCUGGAUUUUGAAGAUGUCUUAAAAAAUGAUGAAUAUGCAUAUAAGUGGCUCUCCAGCCUCAAGAAAGUAGGCAUAGUGCGACUCACGGGAGCAUCUCACAAACGAGGAGAAGUCUUAAAACUCGGGAAAAGGAUUGGUUUCCUCUAUCUCACGUUUUAUGGACAUACUUGGCAAGUGCAAGACAAAAUUGACGCAAACAACGUGGCUUACACAACUGGGAAGCUAAGCUUUCACACCGAUUAUCCAGCCCUCCAUCAUCCACCUGGGGUUCAGUUUCUACAUUGCAUAAAGCAAACAGUGACAGGGGGUGAAUCGGAAAUUGUAGAUGGGUUUAACGUAUGCCGAAAGCUCAAGGAAAAAAAUCCUCAUGCAUUCCAGAUUUUGUCCUCCACUUUCGUGGACUUUACAGACAUCGGAGUGGAUUACUGUGACUUCUCUGUACAAUCCAAACACAAAAUUAUAGAGUUGGAUGAUAGAGGGCAAGUGAUUCGCAUCAACUUCAAUAAUGCAACGAGAGACACAAUAUUUGAUGUACCUGUUGAACGAGUUCGGCCUUUUUAUGCGGCCCUGAAGGAUUUUGUUGACCUCAUGAACAGCAAAGAAUUCAAGUUUACCUUCAAGAUGAAUCCAGGUGAUGUAAUUACUUUUGAUAACUGGCGCCUACUUCACGGCCGACGCAGCUAUGAAGCAGGAACUGAGAUAUCCCGCCAUCUAGAAGGAGCUUACGCUGAUUGGGAUGUGGUAAUGUCAAGGCUUCGUAUCUUAAGGCAGAGUGUUGAGAAUGGAAACUGA